GUCUGAGGCUUCUUGGCAUUGGAAGAAACCAGUACAUUGACCUCAUGAACCAGUGCAGGUCCUCCAAAAAAUUCUUUCGGCGGAAAUCAGCGCGGGAUCUACUGCCAUCUAAACCAGUAGAGAUUUCUGUGGAGCCGUGGUGGGUGGCUCAGACGGGCUACAUCACAGAGGAUGACAUAAGGAUCUGUUCUUCAGCGGAGAAGAAAGCCAUUGACAAGAUGAUCGACUCUGGUCCCCAGCUGGCAGGGACAAUGGAGUACAAUGUGGUAUUAAGUUUAUAUAACCGGGGCUUUAUUUACCUGGACGUUCCCAUAUCGGAUGACAGCUGCAUCUCAGUGCCUCCUCUCGAAGGCUUUGUCAUGAACCGCGUACAGGGCGAUUACUUUGAAACGCUUCUCUAUAAAAUCUUUGUGUCCAUUGAUGAGCAGACAAACGUAGCAGAGCUAGCCAGUGUGCUGGAGAUUGACCUGGAUUUAGUGAAGAAUGCGGUUUCCAUGUACUGUCGCCUUGGCUUUGCAGUGAAGAAAGGUCCGGUGUUUAGCUCUGAGCAGCUUCACCCCAGCUGGAAGAACGCCCCAUCUGUUAACAGACUGAAGAGCACCAUGGAUCCCCAGAAGAUGCUGCUGUCAUGGGAACAGGGCAGUCCCGUCAUGGAAGGCGGCUCCUCAGCCACAGAUACAGACACAACAAGCCUGGAAGAUCAAGGAGACACAGGCAGCGUUAGCAGCCUGAGCAUCCCAGCAGCUCCCACUAAGAGGAUCGCCUUCCUGUUUGACUCCACGCUCACCGCCUUCCUCAUGAUGGGCAACCUGUCUCCGAACCUGAAGAGCCACGCAGUGACCAUGUUUGAGGUCGGGAAGCUGUCCGAUGAGACCCUAGAUAGCUUCCUGGCUGAGUUAGAGAAGGUGGAGAGUACUGCAGAGGGUGAAGCUCAGCGUUACUUCGACCAUGCUCUGACCCUUAAAAACACCAUCCUGUUCCUGCGCUACAACAAGGAGCUCACUCAGGAUCAAGGACCUGAUAUUCCAAAUAUAGGUUUCCCUUUGGACAUGCUGCGCUGCGAGAGUCUGCUGGGUCUGGACCAAGCCACCUGCAGCCGCGUCCUAAACAAAAACUACAAGCUCCUGGUCUCAAUGGCGCCGCUCAGCAACGAGAUCAGACCCAUCAGCAGCUGCACACCUCAGCACAUUGGCCCAGCCAUCCCUGAGGUGAGCUCCAUCUGGUUCAAACUGUAUCUGUACCAUGUGACCGGCCAAGGCCCGCCAUCGCUGCUCCUCUCCAAGGGCUCCAGGCUCAGAAAGCUGCCGGACAUUUUCCAGAGCUACGACAGGUUGUUGAUCACCUCUUGGGGACAUGACCCCGGCGUCGUCCCUACUUCCAAUGUUUUGACAAUGCUGAAUGACGCUCUCACACACUCUGCUGUACUAAUCCAGGGUCAUGGUAUGCAUGGCCAUGGAGAAACCGUUCACAUCCCGUUUCCUUUUGAUGAGGAGGAUCUAAAAGGAGAGUUCUCCUACUCAAACAUGUGUGUGCAUAAAGCGCUUCGGAAGCUGAAGGGGCAUGUGGAUCUGGAGCAUCAGUGUGGCUACAUAACCAUGCUGAACUCUAACAACAGGCACCGUCGCAGGACCAGCGACAGCGCUGAGUGUAGAGGAGAAACCCAUCUAGGUGGAGGCCUGGAUACCAACGGCAGCACAGAGUCAUUUGAGCUUGUGACAGAAGAGAACGGCGAUGGCAAAGGAAAGACAGAAGCUCUUUCAUCUGAAGAUGAGUGGGUCCCUCUUGAACUGUGCUUUGGCAUGCCCCUCUUCAGCUCAGAGCUCAACCGCAGGGUCUGUCGAAAGAUUGCCUCACACAAACUCUGCAGCAACGAGAGCCUUCAGGAGCUGCUUCACUCGAGCCGAAAGCUAUCACUCAAAGUGCUGAGCUUUGUUCAUUCGUUCCAGGAUGGCGGGCAGCCUUCCGACCCAGACAGUGGCGUGUCGAACCCUCUCAGUCAGCCUCCGGCUGAGUCUGGCGUUCCCCUGCCGUCACUUAACCUCCUCUUCAAGGAUGGACAGCUGAAGGAGUGGAGCGGCCGGGCCCCUCCCCCUCUGGACAUCUCAUCGCUGCAGAAAGACCAGCCCUCGUAAAACAGGCGCAGUUUGUCCAUAAGUACAUAUCUUCUCAGAGAAAAUGGACCACCCCCUCUUUCUUUUUUUUUUCUUUUUUAUUUGCAACAUCAGAUUUCAGUGAAGACAUUUAUUACUAGUGGUCCAACCCUGUAUCUUCAUACCCGCUCACAAGUCAAUGCUCUUAACAUCCUUUGUUCAUCGAUAAGAGUGAUGUGAAAGUUUACCCCAUCAUUUCUUUACUGUUUAUCCACUGUUAGAGGAUGGAUCCUUUAUAAACACUAGUACCCAGCUCUUUUUUUUGUUGUUGUUUCCCUUUGUGAUUCCUUGUAUUCCCAAGAAGGCAGUGUUAUCCAUUGGAGUGGUGCUAUAAUCCCAACAUAUAAAAGCGAUGCAGGUAAACCCAUUGUGUUCCGGUGACACCCAUCCUUCAUUUAGUGCCGGUUUGUUUCUUAAAAGUAAAGUGAAAAAUUACCCCAAGAAACCCAGAUUCAUUCAGCAACCAUUUUAUCAAUAUGCAGGACCAAGACUUUGGAUUUACCAGCUGAGUUGGAAUCCAAGCCUCCUCUUUGUGUUGUCACAUGCUCAGUGGUUUAAUGCAUGAUACUGUUGCACAGCGUAGGAAAAAGAAAUUCCUUCCCUCUUUAUUUCUGAUCAAUGAUGGGGGGGUAACGUUAAUUGCACUCUGCAAGAUUUGUUCAAACCGGUGGAUGAAUAGAUGUCUUUUUAUUUUUGAAUGUAGGAUUAGGUGUAGUGCACAUUAAUCGUUUUUAUAGCUCUUGUUUACGAGAAGGAAGUGUUUACUCAAGAAAAAGCAAACAUGUUAAGAACUGACUGGGCAUUUGAGGAACUUGUUUUUUUUAUUUGUUGUUUCUUUUUUUAAUAAUUGAGAGCACCAAAGACCUUUUUUUCCUUCUUUUUUUCAUUAAUUGUUGCCUUUAUUGUAAUCAGCCAAUCAAAAGAACUCAGGCCUGGGAUCAAAACUGCUCAUUUGCUUUACUUUUCAAUCUUUUUUAAGUUUUGCAGAGUUUAUGUGCAUUUCUUUAAAAUCAUACAUCUAAUACAAUUAUCAGGAUAGGAUAAGAAACAUCCUAUCAUUCCUGUUUGACCUGGAUAAUCUUUAUGCCACACUUAAUUGGUGACAUUUUAAAAUCAACUAGAAUGUUUACUUGAAGUUUGUUUAUUUUAUUGGAUCAAUUUAAAUAGUGUUAAAUCUGCAUUCAUUCCACACAUAACAUCUUUCAAUUGCUAAAUUCUGUUCAUUUUAUAACUACUCCUAAAAAAAACAUACAUAUUAUAGCCUAUGUAGUCAUGGAGACCAUUGACGUUAUCCACAAACCAUGGUUGUUUGGAGUUCUGUAUCUAAACAUAUAAAUGGAAAGUUAAGGAAAAGGAAAAACUGUUGUUACAAAAAGGUCCCCUAGCAAGAGAGCUUAUUACAGUUUUGAGAUUUUGGGAUUAAGGAUCAUUUCAUGUUGAAAACUAUUUUAAGAAGAUGGUUUGAAUUUUCCAUCAGGACACUCUGCACCUGACCUGAAUCCAAUGGCCUACUAAGAAGAAAAUGAGACCCAACAGUAAAGAUCUGACAGUAUGACGAAUGCAAGUUCAACCUAAAACUUGGUUGGAACUUAUAAGCCAUGAAUUACGGUAGCAAUGUGGCAUGGAAUGGAGUUCAAUCAGUUUGCUUUCAUUUCAACCUCACUGUUUAGUUUGGUCUCCUGGAAAACAAAGUCCGCCUUUUUAUUUAAAGCUCUUCAGGUUUAGGGAAGUAUGACAUGCUUAAAAUCUCAUUGUAAACAUCAGAGUUGACUUUAACCUUAAUAACCACCAACCUCUUUGUAUCACUCUUUUUCUUCCACUAAACUUUCCAUCUGCAUGACCUUGUUGGGUAUUUUCCAUGUAUAUUUAAAUAAUGUCUGACAUUUAGAUUCUGGUUUUAUGAGAAGCUGGACUUUGGGAUCAAAAUAACUGUACUUAACACGUGUCAUAGAUCAUCUUAUGUUAAAAAAGGUAUUUAUUGAGUUUUUUUUAAACAUAACUUUUAAUUCAGUUCUGAUCUUGUCCCACAUAGGGAAAUUUGGUGCACAGCAGCAAUCAAAGAAUCAAGACUUAAUCCACAUAACAGCACAGAUAUAAAUACAGCAUUAAGAAAUAAAACCACCACGUUACACGCCAUGCUUCGUCAUUAGGUUUAUAUUAUAAUUUACUGAGAUGCACCUGUAAAUCUGCUGAUUCCCCAUCCCACCCCCUGCCUCUCUCUGGAGGAAGCCCAGCCUGUGUGCCGUUCUGUGCUCUCUAAACCAGUCCAUACCACUGUCUGCGGGACUUUGUUUACACCGGCUUCAGAUGGGAGAAAAAAAAAUGGGGGUUGUAAUCUAAAGAGAAGGCUUUUUUUCUUUCUUCUGCAAAAGAGAGACCCCAGGGGUCAAAAAAUGGAAAUGCUAAUGCGUCGCCCUGGCAUCAGCUGGCUCAGUAUGUGUCUGAAUUUCCUCUUCAUGAAUUCUUGGUGCAUUUUUCUUUUCCUCUCUGCAUUUUAAAAUGUUGAAAACGGGUUUUGCUGAGUUUAUUUUUUGAAGGAAUCUUCCCCUCCUUGCAGUUUUUGACCCACUUGUUGAAGUUAGAAAUAGACAAAAAAAGGGACUAAAAUGUGGUCCUGAUAAAGCAUGAUAACUGUGUAGAAACUGUGUGUGUAUGUUGUGUAUGCGUGCGUAAUGUACACUUCACUUCCAAUUAUCACCCCCCCCUUAUCUACAGGUCACGACUCUUUGUUGCAUUUGCUCAUAUUCCCCCUCACUUAUACAUCUAUUUUCGGUGUUUAAAAUUAUAGUUUUUUUUAUGUUGACAAAAAUUUUAGGAUUAAAAAAAAUGAUCUUUGUUGUAGCUGGUUUAUUUGGAGUGUGAAUAUAUCACUGACUUAAAAAGAAAACACCCAUAUGAAUAAAUGGGCUUAAAAAAGCGAGAAAUUGACAUUCCUUCACUACGCUCUGCCUACAUUUCCAGAUACAUAUGAUCAGAAAUAUGUAAAAAGCUUAUGAAAAUAUAAAUAAAUAUGUAAUAAG